AGGCGCUGGAGCUCAGCCAGGUGGUCAUCGUGGUGGGGGAGACGGGCUCGGGCAAGACGACCCAGUGUCCCAACUUCAUCCUCGAGGCCGCCGCCGAGGCCGGCCGCGGCGGUGAGGUUGCCGUCGUCUGCACCCAGCCCCGCCGCAUAGCCGCAGUCUCCGUCGCCGAGCGGGUGGCCGAGGAGCCGCGGAGAGCAGACGGGGCGCAACGUGGGCUACGCCGUGCGGCUCGACUCCAAAACCUCAAGGAGGAGACCCGGCUGCUCUUCUGCACCACCGGCGUGUUGCUGCAGCAGCUGAAUGUUUCCCCCGACUUGCACGGGGUCACCCACGUCGUCGUCGACGAGGCGCACGAGCGGAGCCUGCACACGGACUUCCUCCUGGCGCUGCUGCGGGAGGUCCUGCAGCGGCGCGCGGAUUUGCGGGUGGUGGUGAUGUCGGCUACCCUCGAGCAGGGGCUCUUCCAAGAGUACUUCUCGGGUUUCGCCUUCGACCCGAGCGACGACCUGCCGGUCGUGCACAUCGCCGGGCGCACCCACCCCCUGACUGUCCGCUACCUCGGGGACGCGCUGGAGGCCGCCGGGCUGCGGGGAGAGGCGCCCCAGCGCGAGGCGCUGGAGGACGCGCCGCCGCACGCCGAGCUGGAGGCCUGGGUGCGCCGGAUGCACCCCGCGCGCGGCGGCGCCGAGGCCGACGGUCACGCGGUCCUCGUCUCGCCGGAGGUGAAGCGGAAGGCCGACUUCGACCUGAUCGCCGGCCUGUGCGCGGCCGUGCUGUCGGGGCGAUACGGGCCCGAGGGCCUCGCGGACCCGGAGGACGGCGCGGUGCUGAUCUUCCUGCCGGGCUACGUGGAGAUAGACCGGUGCCUCCGCGUGCUCAGGAGUCCACCCGGGGGUCGGAGAGCGCGCUUGGUUGCUGCCGCUGCAUGGCUCCAUGCCCAUCGUGGAGCAGCACCGCGUCUUCCAGCGACCCCCCGCGGGCACGCGCAAGGUCAUCGUGUCCACGAACAUCGCGGAGACGUCCGUCACCAUAGACGACGUGACGCACGUUAUCGAUUCGGGACACGUCCGGGAGACGAGGUCCACGGUCCGCUGGCCGCCCUGAGAGCCACGGGGGCCCAGGAGCAGCUGAGCAGGCCGUCCAGAGGCCAACAGAACAGCCAGAGAGUGUCUCUUGGUCUCCAGGGGGCAUGUCCGGUUGCACCUGGCCCCCCCUGGCCUUCAGGGAGGCCGCCUGAUCACGGGGCGAGGUACAACCCGCGAAGCUGCAUGAGCGUGUUCUCGACGGUCUGGGUGAGCCAGGCAGCCGCGCGCCAGCGCGCCGGGCGUGCCAGCAGGACGAGGCCGGGCGUGUGCUGGCGCCUCUAUGAGGCCGACUUCCUCGAGGCGCGGCUGCCUGCGCACACGCUGUGCGAGAUGCGGAGGACGUGCCUGGAGGACCUGGUGCUCCAGCUGCGCCUGCUCGAGCUCGGCGACAGGGCCGGGGAGUUCCUGCAGCAGGCGCCGGAGCCCCCCGCCGCGGAGGCCAUCGCGGCGGCCGUCCAGUCGCUCGUGUCGAUCGGCGCCUUGGUGAACGCUCCUGGGCUGCCCCUCACGCCGCUCGGCUUCCACCUGGCGCACAUGCCCGUGGACGCGCGCGUCGGGAAGAUGCUGGUCUACGGGGCGCUGUGCUGUUGCCUGGCCCCGGUGCUCACCAUCGCCGCGUGCCUCUCCCACCGGUCGCCGUUUGCGCGGAGCUUCAAUCGCACCCGCGAGGAUCGAGCAGUGGCGCAAGGAGCGGGAGGAGCGCUUCGGGCACCUGUGCAGCGACCACCUCGCGGCGGUCGCUGCGUUCGACGCCUACCAGGCCGCGCGGGCGGGCCAGGAGGACGAGGCUGCGUGCAGGGCUCUCUGCGAUGCGGUGGGGCUCUCAGCCCACGCGGUUGGCGGCAUUGCGCAGCUGCGCGAGCGCUUCUUGCGGCACUUGGCGGGCAUCGGUUUCGCGGGGUCGUCUGUCGACGGCGGCGAAGCGGUGAACGCGAACAGGGACAACCUCGCCUUGGUGCGGUGCGUGCUGACCGCCGGGCUGUUCCCGAACGUGGUGCAGGUGCAGCGCGCAGCAGCCCGAGGGGGCAGAGGAGGCCCCAAGGUCGUGUUGGUGAGCCGCGAGCGGGAGCGGUGUGCAGUGCACCCCUCGAGCAUCAACUCGCGCCAGCUGGAGGACUUCGCGGCGAACAGCGCCUGGCUGCUGUUCCACACGAAGGUCCAGACCUCCCAGAUCUUCCUGCAGGACUCUACGCUGGUGGGCUCCAUCCCGCUGCUCCUCUUCGGGGGCGAACUGCGCCUCAACAAGGCAAGGACGCACAUCGUGGUGGCCGGCUUGGAGUUCCGGACCAAGCGAGAGGCCACCGCCGUGCUCCUCAAGUUGCUGCGGCGAGAGAUCGACCGCCUGCUCCUCCUGAAGGUGGCGGACCCCGGCGCGGAGCUGGCGGAGCUGGCCCCGCCGCUUCUGGCCACGGUGCUGGGGCUCCUGAGGCUGGACGGCUGCGCCGUGAGCGGCCUGUGGCGCUCCUGAGACAGGUGCUCGCGCGCGCCGCCGCCGCCGCCCAUGGCGGCCAGGCCGGCGCCCCUGGCGCAGUCGAGCUCAGCAGCGCGGUAUUAGCGUGCGCUAGCGUCUGGAAAUCGAUGAGAAGUGCCGAAUUAGCGUCGAUUAGCGUCGAUGUAGCGUCGACUAGCGUCGAUUAGCGUCGGCCAGCGUUGAUUCGCAAGAGCCAGCAAGGUGGCAUGGGAGGCUCCCAUGAGCUGCCACCGAAGGAUGAUAACUUCUGUUCGGCCCUGUGCUUUAGCCUGCUGCUGCAGCAGCUGUUGUCGCAGCCUGGACGUCCAGGGUCUUGCAUCCUCCACGUGUAUCCUUGCUCC